GACUUUCACAUGUCAAAGGCAGACGUGUUCACAUACCCCCUCGCCUCCUCCUCCUCUUCCUCCUCUUCCUCCCCCGCUUUCUUCCCCCGCUUUCUUCCCCUCGAGCCCCGCCUCGGGCACCAGCAGCACACCUGGAGCCCGGAGCGGCCGCAGCAGGUAAAGGUGAGGAGGUCGGUGUGGACUACGGCGUGUGGAGAGGACGCAGCGUGAGCGGAGGAGGUGGUGUCGGUGCUGGUGGAGGCUCUCCGGCUGUGUAAGGGUCAUUGUCUCACUGUCUGUUUUCACAGAGAUAAACAGGCAGCAUGGGUGAGGCACCGGUCACAGAGGAUGGCUCAGUGACUCGAUCAGCAGAGUAUGUGGGGUCAUUUCCUGUGGACGACCACUGUUUGGAUGACCAGAUAGAGCAGCUGCACUCUGAGCUGAAGUCCCUCAGAGCAUGCAAAAGAAGGAGGUCCGUGUCUCUAAAAUUCUCCAUCAAAGGAGUGAAAAUGUACAAUGAGGAUGAAACGACGCUCCUGAUGGCUCACGCUCUGCGGAGAGUCUCUCUGUCCACAGCCCGACCCGUCGAUGCCCAGUUUGCCUUCGUCUCCCACAACCCAGGCAGCACUGACGCUCAGCUGUACUGCCACGUCUUUAAAGCGAGGCAUGCCAGAGCGGCGCAGUUCCUGAACCUGCUGCUUUGCCGCUGUUUUCAGCUGUAUUACUUGGAGAAGCACCCAGACGAGACGCAGGAAGACUCUGCUGGCUCAAUGCCUCGUCGCAACCCCUCCCUACUUAACCACGGCUUCCCUCUCAGUGUUAGUGCCCUGGUGUCUUUCAGAAGAGCCCCAUUUCGAGGGUUGUUGCCAGGGACUAAGAAGAGUAAAAAGUCUUCCGAUGACCCGCAGAGCAGCCAAGAUGAAGUCUUCCCCACCUCCUCCCCCUCCCUGGUUCGCAAGAAGGCCAUCCGCAAUAAAGUGCUGCGCUCUGGGGCGUACCGCUCCUUCACUUUCACACCACUCAAACAGCGUAACAUUCAGGAGCGACUGAAUGUGUCACAAGGAAAAGACCAAGACAAGAAGCAAGUGAAGAGAUCCCGUACUCCCAGUUUGGCCGAAACAGAAGAAGCACUGGCUCAAGCAGUGUGGUGUUGGGCUGGUGUCGCAACUGACAGCAGCUACUCCCUGCUUGCAGACGAUGUUCUGGGAUCGUAUCUUCUGUGCCCACAUCCUAAAAAACCCAAAUGUGGCUCUCUCAUUGUUCGCUUCCCCUCAGGCCUGGUCACCCACCUCAUAGAAAACACCCGUAAAGGGAAAUUCCUGCUGGAGAAAUGCAAGACAGAGUUCAGCUCCAUCGCAGAGCUGAUUGAAUUCUACACAGAAAUCCAGGGUGAGCUGCCAUGUCUGCUGAGCUGUGCCCGCGUAAACCACUGUUACGAGUGGGAGGAAAAUACUGGCAAACAGGAGGCUGUGAAACCACACAAGAGCCUGAGCAAAGCCAAACUUAAAAGUACCCACAGACAGAACUGGGUUUAACCCUGGAGACUGGAACUUGUGGAUUGCCAACCUCAGAAUAAGUGACGCCUUUUCUUACUUUGCACAUAUGUAUAUUAACUUUAAAUCACUUUGGUGUUUUUGGGAGGAUCCACAAACUGUGUAACACACUGCACCUAAUAACAGUGUUGUCACUUAAUGUUUAUAGUAGACAAGCCAUUUCAUCAAAGGGUACUUUUUUGGUUUAUAUUUUAAAGGUGUAAUAUUUUGUACUUGCUGCUUUCUGGUUUUCAAUAUAAUAUUUUUAAAGAAUAUUUUUAUUUGUGCCUAUAAGGCAUCAGAGUUUAUAUGCGUUUUUAAGACAUGAAAUAAAUUGAAACUGUGGAGUGGAAUAUAUCGCACACAGAGUUGGCAAAGCCAUACUUUUUUUUUCUUGCAUUGCAAAGAUGCUGCACAAAUAUAUUUGAUCAAAUUUUAUUGAAUUUUAAUUCUGCUUACAUGUUAGUCUUUAUGUGUUUCAACAUUAGACCGAUGAUGUGUGCUGAUAUAAAAACAUGACACCAAUAUUUUCUUUUUCUUGACACCUCAGUGUAUUAGUGCACUUAUCAUGGCCACUGAAAGGGGACAUGUUCAUGUUUUCUGUGUUUUAAAGUUAUAUGUAGUCAAAGUUAACUGGUGAUUUUAACUGCUAAUGUUUGUAAGCAGUUUAAUAUACUUGGCACACUGAUUUUCAACAGUGGUUUAAAGCUAGGUCUUCGUCAUAUGAUUGUGAGGUUGUUUUCUGGUUCAAGAGGCUAUAUACAAUGUAAGUAACUAAUUUGUGUACCUUCCAUGUACCAUCCUUUCAACAGUAGGCCAACAGACAAUUUUCAUAUUGCUCACUUCUGUUUGAGAUUAAACGACAGGUGUUCUCUAUUUUCAACCCUGAAAAAAA